AUGACAUUGGUCAGUGAACCCAUGGAAGAAUCCUUCAUCGACGUAGUGGGAGACGAAAACAAAGACGUCAGAAAACAGCAGCACUUGCCUUUACCUGUGAGAGAGGCGAAGAACGGACUGGUGUUUCAGUCGCGCGCUGCUGCACAAUCUCCAAAACAUCGAGAAGCUGAGGCGGACGACGGCAGCCCCUCAACGACUUGUGCCAAUGUGGGCAGAAGAGGUCCGACCGUGAAGCCCCCAUACUCUUACAUCGCCCUGAUCACCAUGGCUAUCCUCCAGAGCCCAAAAAAGCGCCUCACCCUCGGGGAAAUAUGCGACUUCAUCAGCAACCGUUUCGCCUACUAUAGGGACAAGUUCCCAGCCUGGCAGAACUCGAUCCGACACAACCUAUCGCUCAACGACUGCUUCAUUAAAAUACCAAGAGAGCCUGGAAACCCUGGGAAAGGCAACUACUGGACGCUGGACCCCAAUUCAUCGGAUAUGUUCGAGAACGGCAGCUUUCUUCGUCGGAGAAAGCGCUUUAAGCGGCAGUCGCGAUUCGGCAUGCUGGCGGAACAAGUGUUGGACCCCAGUGGGCUGCCAGUUUUCAGUUACGGCACUUACGGCUCGGCUGCGGCGUGUAUGCAGCUCCCUGGUCUGGACAUAUAUCCUCUGGGCAUCCACCAUCAUUCAAACUCGCCCGGCGCUUUCACUGGCACACCUGCUCGGAGCAUCUUACCGGCUCUGUCCACUCUUUUAUCCCGUAAUUCCUUAGGCGCCAAGGGUUUUGACCCUCAGUCCCUGACCUUUGAGUCUCUUACCACAAAUCGCUGCGCGUUCACCUCGGCAUUACUCUCCAAUUCUCCGUUCGUGUCUACCGCACAGCGUGUGACGCCACAGGCAGGGCGUAGAGCACCCCGCCGUACCGCUGUACCGCCGCCCCACCGCCCCGCCGCCCUGCCGUACCGCCACCCCGCCGCCCCGCCGCCCCGCGCUGUUCUAAAGCUCUCGCGCUCGCCCAGGACUCACUCGCAGGGGAGAGAGAACCCCCCCAGAGCGCUGACAGACGACAGCAACGUGAAACAGCAGAGCCACCCAGAAGGCCAAUGA